CAUCAGUCAACCGAAAGAGUCGAUCGACAAAGAUUUUCAAAGUGACAUGUAAGCCGGUUAACCUAUGCGUGCGUGUUUAAAAUUAAAACUUGCAGUGGCGCGAAAAAACGUUCGUUAUUAAUGUGCUUUGUUCGCAAGUAUAUAAUAAUAUGAUCUAAUAUCUUAAUAAUCAUAUGUAAUAUUUUUAGAUUGCAAUAGUUAUUGAGAAUUCGUUAGCAUUACUUGUUAUACGUUUGAUGUUUACAAAAAAUUGAAUUCUGUAGGAUAGUAUUUUUUGUAUAAUAUAACCUGGAACUUGUUAUUUCUUGGUACAAAAUAUUUGCAAAUAUGUUUUCACGAAUAAGAAAAUUUCAAGCUAUCUCAUUGCUCUCAGAAAGAUCAUGUCUGCAUAUAUUUACGAAUAAUUACACAGUAAAUUUUUCUACAAUGAAUGAAACAGUCUUACACUCUUUUCAAGAUAUUCCAGGACCAACAUCUUUACCUUUAAUUGGAACAUUAUAUAAAUAUACUCCUUUAAUUGGAGAAUAUUCAUUUGCAAGUCUCUAUGAGAGUGGAGUUAAAAAGUUGAAACAUUAUGGACCAUUGGUACGAGAAGAAAUAGUGCCAGGAGUACAAAUUGUAUUAGUUUUUCGUCCUGAAGAUAUUGCAAAAAUUUUUAAAGCAGAAACAGGCCUAUAUCCUGAACGCAGAAGUCAUUUAGCUCUUUUUAAAUAUAGAAAGGAUAGAAGUGAUAUAUAUAAUACAGGAGGUCUUUUACCAACAAAUGGACUUGAAUGGUGGAGAUUACGUAAGGAGUUUCAAAAGGUUCUUAACAAAAUGAAUCAUGUUAUUAGUUAUCUACAAGACACAGAUCAUGUUGUUAGAGAAUUUGUCCUUGUUUGUACUGAAGAAAAAUUUGAUGAUUUCAUAUUACUACUUUCGCGUCUCUUUCUUGAAUUAACAUGUUUCACGGCCUUUGAUGUAAGGAUGAAUAGUUUCUCGAAGGAAGAAAGACAGAAAGAUUCCAAAAGUUCGAGACUCAUUGAUGCAGCAUUUACAACUAAUAGUGCUAUUUUAAAACUAGACAAUGGGCUUAGGCUGUGGCGAUUUUUUGAUACGUUUCUCUAUAAAAAAAUGUGCAAAGCACAAAACUAUAUGGAAAAAAUUGCAAUAGAAAUGGUAACUCAGAAAAUACAAAACAAAAAAAUUUCUCAGAAAAACUCCUUUCUUGAUGCAUACUUAAGUAAUCCUGCUUUAGAUAAAAAAGAUAUAAUUGGUAUGGCUUGCGAUAUGUUGCUCGCGGGUGUCGAUACUACGACUUAUACUAUGGCUUUUGUUUUGUAUCACCUUGGAAAGAAUCCUAAGUGCCAAGAAAAAUUAAGAUCAGAAUGUUUAAAGUUAUUACCCGAUAGUAAUAAACCCAUAGAAACAAAUAUUUUGCACAAAGCUUAUUAUGCGAAGGCUGUACUAAAAGAAACAUUUAGAUUGAAUCCAGUAUCAAUUGGAAUAGGACGUAUUUUGCAAACUGAUAUUGUUCUUAGUGGUUACCAUGUCCCUAAAGGUACUGUAGUUGUAACGCAGAAUCAAGUCACGUGCCGACGCCCUGAGUAUUUCAAUGACCCACAUUCAUUCAUACCAGAAAGAUGGUUACGGAAAAAUAUAGACGCCGAAAGUAAAGAUUUUAAUAUUGUAAAAUCUGUUAAUCCAUAUUUAGUAUUACCCUUUGGUCAUGGACCACGAUCUUGCAUUGCACGACGUUUUGCCGAACAAAGCAUGCUAAUCAUAUUAAUACGAAUGUGUCGAGAGUUGGAAUUUACUUGGUGUGGUGAUAAUCUUGGUUGUAAGUCUUUGUUAAUUAAUAAACCGGAUGGUCCUAUUAAGCUCAAUUUUACAAAGUACAAACAGCAAUGAAUUCUAUGUACUCAUUUUUGAGAAUAUUAAUUAAGAUUGUAAAAAACCUAUUUUAUAAUAUUUUUAUUUUUAUAGAAAGAUUGAGUUUUUACAGCAUUUAUUGUUAUUUUUCAAGAUUAUUGUAUCAUUCA